AUGGACGUGACUCGAGCCAUUACUGGCUACCUCACGCGCCUGCUGACGAGCGUGGGCGGGAUGAAGGUGUUGCUGCUGGACAAGAGCACCACGCCCAUCGUCUCUCUCAUUUCGACGCACUCUACUCUCCUCUCACACGAAGUCUAUCUGACAGACAGAUUGGAGAACAAGUCGAGGGAUAGGAUGAAACAUUUGAGAUGCAUCGCUCUGAUCCGACCAGACGAAGACACUGUGGCACAAUUGAUCCAGGAACUCAGAAUGCCCAAGUAUCAAAGCUACUUUUUGGCCUUUACCAGUCCGCUCAGCAAAAACGUGCUGCAGGCUUUGGCGGAUGCUGACUCGUAUCAUGUGGUGCAGGAGGUGCAAGAAUUCUUUGCGGACUACCACGCCCUCACACCUUCGCUCUUCUCCCUCGGGCUCAGUUGCCCACCCUCGCGUCUCUUCCAAGCUGAUUCCACCAGCUCUCUCAGCAAGUGGGACGCGCAUGCCUUAGAUCUGCACUGCAAUGGGAUCGUGGCGCUCCUUUUGAGCUUGAAGAAGAAACCGGUCAUUAGGUACGAGAGGAUGAGCGCGCUGGCCAAGACGCUUGGAGAGGAGCUUCACUUCCAAAUGAACACUGCCUUGCCCACGCUGUUCGAAUUCAGACGAACAGAAAGCGCACCUUUGUUGCUCAUCUUGGAUCGCAGAAACGAUCCAGUAACUCCGUUGUUGACGCAGUGGACUUAUCAAGCCAUGGUGCAUGAGCUGCUGGGCAUCACCAACGGCAGGGUGGACCUAUCUGGAGGGAGCGCUGCAAACCCGGGCGCUGUCAAGGGUGCGAAGAGAGAAGAGAACCAGGAGAUUGUCCUCACACCAUCCCAAGACACAUUCUUCUCUUCCAACAUGUACGACAAUUUCGGCGAUCUAGGCGCAUCCAUCAAAAAGUACGUCUUAGACUAUCAAUCCAAAACGCCGAACAGCUCCAAGAUCGAGACGGUGUCGGACAUGAAGAGGUUUGUGGAGGAGUACCCAGAGUUUAGAAAGCUGGGGGGCAACGUGUCCAAGCAUGUCGCCCUGCUCGGAGAACUUUCUAAGAGGGUCGAAAAGGAGAAUUUGCUGGAGGUCAGCGAGCUGGAACAGAGCUUGGCUAGUAAUGAGAGCCACGCUGCAGAUCUCAAGAACCUCAACACCCUCCUGGCUUCGCCUCAAGUGCACCCUAGCGCUAAAUUGAGAUUGGUAAUCCUGUACGCGCUCAGAUAUCAGAGGUACGCGUCCAACAGGAUCGAUGAGAUGGUUCGAAUGUUGUUGAGCGCUGGCGUGGAGGAAAGCAAAGCUGCCCUUGUCUACGUGAUGCUGAACAUUGCAGGAGCAGAGCAAAGACAAGACGAUCUCUUUUCCAACGAGAACUUUUUCUCAAGAGGCAAGAGCGCUCUGAAGGGAUUAAAGGGAGUGGAAAACGUCUAUACGAGACAUUCGCCGCACCUUGCCGAGACGGUGGAGAACCUUGUCAGGGGCAGGUUGAGAGAACAGAGCUACCCGUACGUGGGCAAUGCGCCUCCCAUCGGUCAGCAGAGCAUUAGACCACAAGAAGUCAUCAUCUUCAUUGUGGGGGGAGCGACGUACGAGGGUGAGCUCGAGGAUGCGACAUGCUGGAUGCUGCGCCUAUUUGUUGGCUGA